AUAAAUUCCAUCGCUCUUCCAUCACCUCCUGCUUCAUCUUCAUCAUCAAUGAAUGAAAACAUUAAACAAUCACAUUAAAUUCUCCCAUCCCGACCGAACAUCUUCCCCGUUUUCCCCGAGCUACUCACACACCGCUUCCUGGAGGGGAGAGAAUAAUGUAAUACCUCCCCCGGACCCGAUCGCUGAUACGUGCGCCACGAGGCUGAAUCGCAAGGUGCACUUGGGACUUCCCCUUCCUCUCGCCCUCCUGCUUUCUUUCUUUCCUCCCUCCUUCUCUCUCCUCUCUCCCUGUCAGCUUGCAGAUGGUUGUCUUGUCCUUCUUCCCCCCAGUUUAGGGCUGGCACUAAUUAUUCUAAUUAAGUCAUUCCUUCCUUGACCCUGCACCUGCGCCCUGCCAACCAUCUAUUUGUGGCCUUCCCAAUCACUGCCCCUCCCACCUCCAGCGUCUCUCUUCCCUUUCCACCGCCCUCUUCUGUCGCUC